GCUCGCACCUCCCCCGGAAGUGCUUUUCCGUCACUUCCGGUGGAUCCCAGGCUUCCGGCGCAAAGCGGCUGAGGCGGCUGGCGCUGUGAGGGGGCGUCGGCGGCUCCCACCGGCAACGUUUCCCGGCAAAGCGCUCUGGCGCGGCGCGGCGGAGGCGUCCACUAUGUUCUCCUUCAACAUGUUCGACCACCCGAUUCCCCGGGUCUUUCAGAACCGCUUCUCCACGCAGUACCGCUGCUUCUCCGUGUCCAUGCUUGCGGGGCCCAAUGACAGGUCAGACGUGGAGAAAGGAGGGAAGAUAAUUAUGCCACCAUCAGCCCUCGACCAACUCAGCCGACUUAACAUCACCUACCCCAUGCUGUUCAAACUGACCAACAAGAACUCGGACCGCGUGACACACUGCGGGGUGCUGGAGUUCGUGGCCGACGAGGGCAUCUGCUACCUCCCGCACUGGAUGAUGCAGAACCUGCUGCUGGAGGAGGGCGGCCUGGUUCAGGUGGAGAGCGUCAACCUGCAGGUAGCCACGUACUCCAAGUUCCAGCCGCAGAGCCCCGACUUCCUGGACAUCACCAACCCCAAGGCCGUAUUAGAAAACGCCUUGAGAAACUUCGCCUGUCUGACAACUGGGGAUGUGAUUGCCAUCAAUUACAAUGAGAAGAUCUAUGAGCUGCGGGUGAUGGAGACCAAGCCGGACAAGGCCGUGUCCAUCAUCGAGUGCGACAUGAACGUGGACUUCGAUGCUCCCCUGGGCUACAAGGAGCCGGAGAGGCAGGCCCAGCACGAGGAGUCAGCCGAAGGCGAAGCUGACCACAGUGGCUACACUGGGGAGCUGGGCUUCCGUGCCUUUUCUGGCUCCGGAAACAGACUGGAUGGGAAGAAGAAGGGGGUGGAGCCCAGCCCCUCCCCAGUCAGGCCCGGAGACAUCAAGAGAGGAAUUCCCAACUAUGAAUUUAAACUUGGUAAGAUCACGUUCAUCAGAAACUCACGUCCACUGGUCAAAAAGGUUGAGGAGGAUGAAGCCGGAGGCAGAUUCGUUGCUUUCUCUGGAGAAGGACAGUCGUUGCGUAAAAAGGGAAGAAAGCCAUAAGCUGGGACUGUUGACUGAUUGGAAAAUAAAAUAAUUGCAAUAUG